AUGGCUUACAUGAAGCAGGAACAGUUGCCUACCGUAUCUACGAACAAGAUUGGAUUUGGCUACUCUGCAAUUGCAGUCUCAGAAGGGGGAUGCACAAUUGCAGUGUACAAAGAUAGACAUGUCUACCUCUUCCCGACUUGUUCACCUACAAUCGCAUCAUGUACCAUAAAUAUACCAGAAAAAAAACAACAGUUAAACUACAAUAACCAAGUUUCAAUUUGCAAAAACUAUACUCAAUGCCCUACAGUGAAUGAAAUUGAGCCGAUACAAUCCAACAGUGGAACAGAGGAAUCGCACGGUAAAAUAUCCAUUUCUAAUAGUUUAUUGGUAAACCAUAUAAAAUUUAUAUUCUCGGGCCAGCUUCUAUUCGUUGCUGGACCCAAUAUUCUAUGUAUAUUUAGUCUGGAACAAGUCGAGUGCCGGUGCCUACUCAAUAUAGACCUUUUUCAAGUAUAUAAUAAGUCUGCAAGGUGCUGCCAUGAUAAUUUGGUUGAAAAAUCAUUGGAUACCCUGGUAUCAAUUGAUGUGGUAUGUUACCGGAAUUCAGUAAAUACGAAUAAUGGCACUUACCAGCUUGUAGAUAUUAUCGCAUCUUAUCAACCCCAAAAACCAGUAUUUAUGCGGGUUUAUUUUGACGAAACCAGCUAUUUUAUUGAUUGCCAAAGGAGCCAUACUUUCAAUAAUUACUUAUUUAAUUUACAUAAACAAUUGUCGUGUAAAUUUACUCGCAUUAACAUUAACGAAUUUGACGAAGAGGACCCAAUAUAUAACAUUUUUUACGAUAAAAAUGAUCCUAAUACAUUCGAAAUUGGUCAUGUUUGCACCCAAGGUUACACUUUCCCGGUUGCAGUGGUUCUAACCCAUCAAAGCAAAAAAUCAAGAUUAAUUCACCAGGCUAUGUCCUUAAGCUCGCUGCCUAUGAGUGAAUUUAAAAAGAUAGAUCAAUACCAGAAUUAUUUGAAUGAUUUCGAACUUGAAUAUGCCGCUGAACUUGCUCUUGCUAUUGGCCCCAAACUUUUAUGUAUAAUAACUAUUACUUACCAAUGUCAAGGCGUAUUUCUCACCCAGGACUGUGAUAAUUGCUGGUAUAAAUGCACCAAUCCACCAAAUUGCAGAUGUGUUAAUGUGGAAUUUGUAACAAUGCCUUGGAAAAAUCAUUUACCAAAACAAAUAUAUUCCCACCCCAAAAUUGACAUGUUUGCAGUGUUAUUUCCCAAUCGUUUCCUCAUUUUGACAAAUCAACACUAUGAAAAAUCAUACAACACAGCCAAUUCUGAUUUGGAUAAUUGUGAAGAUAUAUCGGAUUUCAUUCCAUUGUUGGGGAAAUGUUGGUUCAUAAAAUACAAUUUCAUAGAACCGAUUGUAAAACAACGCUGCUUCUUUGGUGCCUUUUCCGGCGAACCACUUAAUAACUAUUUCAUCUGUAACUGGAAGACCACAUUCUCUUACCAAAUUGCACUAUAUGAUAACACAGCAAAUACAGGGAUAUCUGCUAAGCUAUUAGUGCUAAAUACAUCGAAAUAUAAGGGGCUGUCACAAUUUGUAUGGGUACCAAACUAUCGCAUAAUUGUAGGAAUAGGUGGAUUUAGCGGAGAAUUAAUUUAUAUAUCGCCAAGAAAAUCAAUUAAUUGGGCGCAGAUGAUCCCGGAUUUCUUGCCCAUAUCUCAAAAUAUAGAGUACGUUGAGCGUGAAGAUGAUUUUGACCAAUAUUUAGAAGUUAGGUCCAAUGAUUACCAAUAUAAGGUUAAAGAGCUUUGGAUUUUGCCCUGGGAACCAGUGUCCCACAAGUUAGGCAUUAGCAACUUCAAGUUUUACAAUAUACAACACAUUUUAUCUGACGGUGUUUAUGAUGAAUGUGAAGAGAUUGUGAUUGAUGAUAAGGAAUUGUCUGCUGAGCAUUUUACUGAUAAUUAUCUUAAAAUUUCAAUUGAUGAAUUUAAGUCAAUUAUAUAA